CACUAAGCCGAGCUCUGCAGGGCGAUCCCAGCCCAGAGACUCCCCAAAAAUCGCAGUUCCAGCCGCCAGCGUGGGUGUCAGCAGAUGGCAGCACCCUGCCCUGCACCCCAUGUGUUAUUCCUGGCCGGGAGAUUCCCUGGAUUCAACACCACAGUCUAGACUUACUGACAGACAGGAUUCUUCUCCUGUUAGGAUUCUCCUGUGCUGGGGCCCGGAGCCGAUGGCAGAGAAUGUCAACAACUAACAACAUAGCACAGGCCCGGAAGCUGGUGGAGCAGCUCCGCAUCGAGGCCGGCAUCGAGAGGAUCAAGGUCUCCAAAGCGUCCUCCGAGCUCAUGAAUUACUGCGAGCAGCAUGCCCGGAACGACCCCCUGCUGGUUGGAGUCCCCGCCUCCGAGAACCCCUUUAAGGACAAAAAGCCCUGCAUCAUCCUAUAGCUCCGGCACCGCCCCCGGAUC